UCUAUUCUUUACAAUUAUUCCACAUACCUGACAUGAAGUUCUUCCUUCCAUGCCUUUUGCUUUCCCUGGGCCUUCACCAUGCAUCCAUCAUCACCGGUGAUAGCCCUGGUGAUUUCCAGUUCCUAUACCUUGGCUUCCUAGGCACUAACCUCUCCAUGGACGAAACUGCCACAAUAACAUCAAAUGGACUCCUCGAGCUGACCAAUGGCACACUUGAUAGUAAAGGUCAUGCAUUCUACCCAAUUCCAUUGCACUUCCGCGCACCCAAUGGUAAGGUGCAUUCUUUCUCAGUUACCUUUGUGUUUGGCAUCCGCUCUAGCUACCUUAGCAUGACCCGGCAAGGUCUGGCCUUUGUUGUUGCGCCAAACAAGAAUUUCUCAGAUGCAUUGCCAAACCAAUACCUUGGCCUCACAAAUUUUGUAAAGAACAAUAGCACAAAAAACCAUUUCUUUGCUAUCGAGCUUGAUACAGUUCAAAACGUUGAGUUCAAGGAUAUCGAUAGCAACCACGUAGGAAUAGAUAUCAAUGGCCUCAACUCUAUAAAGUCAAACACUGCAGGCUACUAUGAUGACAUCAGUGGCAGCUUUCAUAACCUAAGUCUUAAUAGUGGUAACGCAAUGCAAGUAUGGGUGGACUAUAGUGGAGAAGCCAAGCAAAUCAAUGUGACCAUAGCCUCCUUUCAAAUGGAGAAACCAGCAAGGUCAUUGAUCUCAACCACCUAUGACCUAUCACCAGUCAUCCAAGAGUCCGCGUACAUUGGUUUCUCAUCAUCAACUGAUGAAGUCGACUCACGGCACUAUGUGCUUGGCUGGAGCUUUAGCAUGAAUAAACCAGCUCCAAAGAUCGAUAUUUCCAAGUUACCCAAGCUACCUCGAAAUGGUCAGAAGUCUAGGUCAAAACUGUCGGAAAUCAUCCUACCAAUAGCAACUGCAUCAUUCAUAACAUUAGUGGGGGCUGUCUUGAUUCUACUUCUGAGGAGGAGGCUGCGUUAUGCUGAACUGAAAGAAGAUUGGGAAGUUGAGUUUGGACCACACAGGUUCUCAUACAAGGAUUUGUACCACGCCACAGAAGGAUUUAAGAAUAAGAAUCUACUUGGUGCAGGAGGAUUUGGGAAGGUGUACAAAGGAGUACUCAAGGCAUCCAAACUGGAGAUUGCUGUAAAGAGGGUUUCCCAUGAAUCGAGGCAGGGCAUGAAGGAGUUCAUUAGUGAGGUUGUAAGCAUUGGACACAUUCGACACCGCAACCUUGUUCAGUUACUUGGAUAUUGCAGGAGAAAAGAUGAACUUAUUUUAGUAUAUGAUUACAUGUCAAAUGGAAGCCUUGAUAAGUAUUUGUACUGUGUUGAGAGUAAGCUGACACUGAAUUGGGAUAAACGGUUUUGGAUCAUCAAAGGCAUUGCGUCAGGUUUACUGUACCUACAUGAGAAAUGGGAAAAGGUUGUCAUUCACCGUGACAUUAAGGCAAGCAAUGUUCUCCUUGAUAGUGGAAUGAAUGGACGCCUGGGUGACUUCGGCCUUGCAAGGUUAUACGAUCAUGGCACUGACCUACAGACCACUCAUGCAGUUGGUACCAUGGGAUACAUGGCCCCAGAGUUGGUCUGCACAGGCAAGGCAUCCCCUCUCACAGACGUGUUUGCCUUCGGUAUCUUCCUUCUCGAGGUGACUUGUGGGAAGAGGCCAGUUAACCACAAUACAGAUGAUGAUCGAGCACUACUGUUAGUUGACUGGGUUCUUAAGCAUUGGCGGGAAGGAUCAUUAACUGAGACAGUAGACAGCAGGCUACGUUGUGAUUAUAAUGUUGAUGAGGCAUGUCUUGUGCUUAAGCUUGGGCUAUUAUGCUCGCAUCCGUUUACCAGUGAGAGGCCUAACAUGCAGCAGGUCAUGCAGUACCUUGACCGUGAGUUGCCGCUACCCGAGUUGACAGAUGCAGACAUGAGCUUCGACAUGCUGUCCCUAAUGCAAGAUGAAGGCUUCGACCCAUUUACACUAUCAUCAACCAUUGGCACAAUAUCUAGCAUCUCAGGAGGAAGAUAGUUUUCGUGUUGUUGUCUAUAUUUGUAAUAAUAUUUAUCAUGAGUAGUACUCAUUCUGCCCUUGAUAUUUAGUAGCUUCAUGUAACAUUAGGCAAAGACUUAGACUAUUAUCCAGAGUUUUAGGCUUUUCCCCUCUGUAUAAAUGAGAUAGCUUGCAUGUA